AUGGCCUCCCCUGAGGAAGAAAAACGCGUUGCAUACUGCAAGAAGCACAAUGUGCAUCAUCUCUUUGAGCUGCUAGCGACACGGCUACUGGUGGACCGCCCCGAGAAUCCCUUUGAGUACCUGCGAGAGAUGCUCUCAAAGGUGGAGGACUCGGAGAAGCACAAACACUCGCACGAUCCUACAGUUCUUGCACCACCCAUAAACGGCGCGGCGCAGCCACUGAGGAAGAUUACGCUUGGGACAUUUGGCAUUGACAAUGCCGGAAAGACGACCCUCAUCUCGGCCCUGGGAGGCAAAAUUGAUGUGAACACCACCCCGACAGUUGGCUUCACGCCGACAAAGUUUCAGACUGAUACGUAUGAUAUCUGUGUAUUUGAUCUGGGCGGUGCCGCCAACUUCCGUGGCAUUUGGGUCCAUUACUUCCAUGAUUGCCAUGGGCUCAUGUUCGUUAUAGACUCCGCCGCGGAUGAGGCCGUAGUGGAGGAGUCUCUCAGGGUCCUUCGAGAUGUCGCACAGCACCCGUACGUCAAGGGCAAACCGUUGCUGGUGCUCGCCAACAAAAAGGAUCUAAAGAAUGCCAGAGGCACUAGCGUCGUUCCGGAUGGUUAUUUGGAAGACCUCUUGGAACAAGGCACGGCGCAUCGCGUGGUGGCCUCCUGCAGCAUUAAAGAGGACCCCGACCUCGAGGAGGGGGUGGAGUGGCUGCUUGCGAUGGUAGAGAAGUGUUAUGACACGCUGGAGGCACGUGUCGUGCACGACACUGAGGCAGUGAAGGGGGAAAACAAGAAAAAGGCGGCAGAGCGGCUUGCGGCAAUCAAGACUGCUUCAUAG